AUGGCUACAUUGUGCACAGCAACACUUGGCAGUUAUGUUUUACCAAAGAGUCCAUCACCGGCUCAUUUGUGUUCCUUACAGAGAGGAAGCCAAUUCAUUACGGGCCCUAUUGGGGGUGUCCCACAUUGGAAGAGUGCAAGGAAGGGUUCGUCUUCGUCUCCUUCUUUUACCAUCAGAUGUUUGAAAGGUGUUGCAGCCCCUACACCCGAUAUUCUUAGUCGCCUUUUCAAUGGAGGAGUUGUCCCAACCCCUAUUCCAGACCCAACAGUCGUUACAAGACAAGACUUCCCUCCUGAUUUCAUUUUUGGCUGCGCCUCUUCUGCUUUGCAG